CCAUGUUUUUCCACCGGCUUAAUUCCCGGUCGACCGGUGGCCCGAGAUAAACAUCCAUUCCGUUUAUUAAGGUUUUACCGGCUCCGCGAGUGUGAGUCAUGAGACCCGCCAAUACUGCUCUGGAUAGUAAACAGAGGCGGAGAGACCCAUGAGCUGCUAGAGGGUCCAGCUUGACUCGGAACUGGAUUUUCUUCUCUCAAUAUUCUUUGUGUCCGCGCGGCGCGCUCCCGUCAUCACGUCAGGAGGAGGCAGGCCACUGGUGCUGAAGCUGACGAGGAGGAUGAUGAUGAUGAUGAUGGCGGUGAUGGAGGAGCAACGCUGAGUUCGCUCUCCCAGUUUUCUCUCCCUUUUUUUCCAUUCAUUCUUUUUGAUUGACAACAAAGCGACGGAGGAGCGACGCCGCCGAUUUGACCUCACCACCUUUCUCCACCUCUCUCCCGUCUCCUGAGCCGAGACCGAGAUGGGGAACGAAGCGAGCAUGGAGGGCGGUGAGCCCGGAGCCGCCGGGAUGAUGGGGUCGGCGAUGCACGGAGGACCCGCGACAGGACCGGGAGCGGGACAGCACAUGAAGCCGCUUAACGGAGCCGCCGCCGGGGGAGGAAUGGGAGUCGGAGGCCCCGGGAUGGGGAUGACGAGGGGUCCGAUGGGAAGCCCCAAGCCUGGCAUGCAACAAGGAGGCCAUGGAGGAGGAGGGAUAGGAGGGAUGGGAGGAGGAGGGAUGGGCGCAGGAGGAAUGAGAGGAGGGAUAGGAGCAGGUAUGGGUACUGGUGGAGGAAUAGGGUCCAGAGCUGCUGAGCCGUACCGCCUGGCAACUCACGAAAGCCCCACAUCCCCCCGACACAUGCAGUCCAGCCAGGGGUCUGGCAUGGGGCAGGGCGCGGGGUCCGGUCACAGCAUGGGUCACGGUCCCGCCGGGUCCGGCAUGGGAGGCGGCAUGGGUCAGAGUCCCGGUCAGCACGCGUCCCGCCGAAACCUCCAGGUGGAUUUCAGCGGAUCGGGCGGCUCCAGGACGGGCCGGUCUGCAUCGGUGUCUCCAGACCGCGGCGUGACGCCCACCUCGCCCUACUCGCUGCCCCAGAUCGCGCCCAUGCCGAGCAGCAAGCUGUGCCCGGUGUGCACCACCACAGAGCUGUCCAACCCACCGGCUGUACCCAACUACAACACCUGCACCCAGUGUAAGGCCACCGUCUGCAACCAGUGCGGAUUCAACCCCAACCCACACCUCACUGAGGUCCAGGAGUGGUUGUGUCUGAACUGUCAGAUGCAGAGAGCUCUUGGCAUUGAUAUGACCACGCCUCGCUCUAAGAGCCAACAGCAGAUUCACUCUCCGUCCCACCAAGCCAAACCCAUCGUCCAGCCUCAGCAGCCGGCGCCUCAGCCAACGCAGCCGGCGGCAGCAGCAGCGCAGCCCAAACCACUGGCACAGAGUCAGACCCCCCAGCGACAGCAGCAUCAGCCACAGUCCCAGUCCUAUGGACAGACGCAGCCCUACGCCCAGUCCCAGCAGUUCCCCCAGUCUCAGCCUCAGACCUACCCUCCGUCUCAGCCAGGCCCGCAGCCUCACGCCUCCCCAGGCUUACAGAGACACCCAGGCCCUGGUGGCCCCCCGACUCAGCAGGGCAUGAGGUCCGACCCGUACUCCCAGAGAGGUCCCGGGGCUCCAGGAGCUGUUGGAGGUCCCGCAGGAGGCCCCAGUCAGCCUGGUGGUCCCCGGAUUCCCCACCCUGGCGCCGUGCCCCUCCCCGGAUUGACCAAGGUGCCCUCCCAGCCCGAUUUGGGUCGUGGUUCUCCAAUGCAUCAACCAAUGGCGCGACACCACGACCAGACCAGAAGCGCUGGCUCCUCGCCGGCCCACAGACCUCAGAGUCAGGCCCCCCCUCCCGCCCAAGACGGCCUGACCAAGCUGUUCGGCUUCGGAGCGUCGCUGCUCAACCAGGCCAGCACCCUGAUCAGUGUGGACCCCCUCCCCACGGCCUCCACCCAGCCCAGCCCCGCACGAGGGAAGGUGGUGUUCAGCAACGCCGCUCCCGACAACAGGCAGCAACAACAAGUGGCCGCCGGCACCAAACCCUUCGGGAUGGGGGGCCCUCACGCUCCAACUCAAAUGGGGGGCCCUCAUGCGCCGAGCCAAAUGGGAGGCCCCUAUCCACCGAGCCAAAUGGGAGGUCCUCAAAUGGGUGGACCGCACGCACCGACCCAGAAGACCACGCUCCAUCAACAGCAGUCGCCCGCACAUCAUCAGAAGGGGCCACAAAUACACCCACAGGGGCAACAACAGACACCCGCUCAUCUGCAGAAAGCGCCACAGAAGCAGGAGCCCGCGGCCCCCCCGGCGCCCGCAAAGCCUAAAGUGAACUGUCCUCUCUGCAAGACGGAGCUGAACAUCGGCAGCUCAGACCCCCCCAACUACAACACCUGCACGCAGUGCCACAGCCAAGUGUGUAACCUGUGCGGCUUCAACCCCACGCCACACCUGGUGGAGAAAAAGGAGUGGUUAUGUCUCAACUGCCAGACCCAGCGGCUGAUGUCCGGAGGCGGUCUUGACGAACCUCCUCUUCCCGUUCCUCAUCCGUCUCCCAAACACCAGCCAAUGGGCUCGCCCCGUCACCAGGCGCCAGCCAGCCAGCAAAGCCCUCUCCACAAACCCACCAGUCAGCAGGGGACCAGGCCAGCCCAGUCCCAGAAACCGCAGGCGGGAACUGGCGUUAGCGGACCAUUUGCACCCACUGCUGCCAAACAACCGACUGACACCAAGACCACGAUGCCAGCUACGGCACCAGUACCAACCAUGGACACCCAGAAACAGCCAAAACCCACAGAGGAGAAGCCUAAGACCGAGUCUGAGAACCAAACUGCCAAAGAGACCAAACCCUCCCAGAAGAAAGGAGAGCAGAUUACACCAAUCAAGGAAAUGAAGAAGUCAAGGCACUAUGAUGAUACAAAAAGCAACAGCACCCAUGACUUGUCACGCAGCCCUCAGAGCCUCAGCGACACCGGCUACUCCUCCGACGGCAUCUCCAGCUCCCACAGUGAAAUUACAGGUCUAAUCCAAGAAGAGGAGAUGAAGCUGAGCGAGAGGGGAAUCUGUGGGCGGGGCUCCCCACCGAGCCCUUCUGAAAUCACCAAGCUAGAAAGCUCCAUGAGGCCUUUGCUGGAGAAGAGCCUGUCUGAAGAGAAGGCAGACAGAAGGGGGAGGAAGCACCGAGACAGAGAUUUGGAUGACAGAGGGAAGCAGCGUCCACGCUCCCUGUCAAUCCCGCCAGAUGCGUACGACUCAGAUGAGGAACUAGAGGAUAUAAUGGAGGAAGAGGAGGAUGGAGGAGACUGGGAGGGUAAGCGAAAGGACGGGAAGGAGGAGAAGAAGGACAAGAAAAAGAAAGAGAAAGAGUCCGAGCCCACAGAGAUGACGGAUGAGGAGUUCAUGAGGAGACAAAUAAUGGAGAUGAGUGCUGAUGAGGAAAAUGAGGAGGAGGAGGAAGAGGAAGAGAUGGAGGAAGAGGAAGAUGAGGAAGACGAAGGAUAUGGCUACCAGAAACCUAAGAAAAGCCACCAUAAACACAUCAUCUCUGACUCAGGGAAAGAGAAGAGGCGCCUUCAGCACCACUCCAGCAGUUUUGAGGAGGAAACGAAGAGCUCCACUGAUGUUUACAAAGGCUCAGUGGAGGAGGGUGAGGAAGAUGUGAUGGCGUCACAAGGAGGCCUGAGGCGCUUCAAAACCAUCGAACUCAAUAACACUAACAGCUACAGCCGAGACAUGGAGCUGGGCAAUGAAAACGAUCUGAGCCUUGAUCGGGAACCAGAGCUGGAGAUGGAGAGCCUGACAGGAUCUCCUGAGGAGCGUUCUCGAGGCGACUACUCCUCCACUCUGCCACCCACUUCGUCCUCAUAUGGCUCUGGCCAGUCACCUACCUCCAUCUCAUCAAUGGAGGAGGACAGCGACAGUAGCCCCAGCAGGAGGCAAAGACUCGAAGAGGCCAAGCAGCAAAGGAAAGCACGCCACCGCUCCCACGGCCCUCUCCUUCCCACCAUUGAGGACUCCUCGGAAGAGGACGAACUGAGAGAGGAGGAAGAACUUCUGAGAGAGCAGGAGAAGAUGAGGGAGGUAGAACAACAAAGAAUAAGGAGCACGGCACGAAAGACCAAGAGGGAUAAGGAAGAGCUGAGGGCUCAGAGGCGCAGAGAGAGGUCCAAGACACCACCGAGCAAUCUCUCACCAAUUGAAGAUGCUUCUCCAACAGAAGAGCUGAGACAAGCUGCAGAGAUGGAAGAGCUCCAUCGCUCUUCUGCUUCUGAAUAUUCCCCUCAGAGUCUGGACUCGGAGGCUGAGGGAUACGAGUCCAAACUUUACAAGUCAGGCAGCGAGUACAAUCUGCCUACCUUCAUGUCGCUCUACUCGCCGAUAGAGAAAUCAUCAACUACAACAACCACCACAGCACCGUCUUCAACUUCCAAACCACUGAAGAGUGCAGAGGAAGUGUAUGAGGAGAUGAUGAGGAAGGCAGAGAUGCUUCAAAAACAACAGAAACAACAGCAGCAACAGCAGCAACAACAUGGAAGGCAUGGGCAGUACUACGACGAGGACGUUAACGGAGAAGGCUAUGAAGAUGAGUAUGAAUAUGAACAAGAUCAAACGGGAUAUGACAACGAGGCAGCAGAGACGGAGACAGAUAUUUACGAGGAGAUCCGACAGACGUCUCAGAACAUCACCAAGAUGCAGCAGGCCACUGACGAGCAGGUAGAGAUCGAGAUUGAGACCACCUACCCAGACAAGCAGCUCCUGGACACAGGAUCAGCCUUUGCUAAGCUUCUGGAGCAAAGCAAUGCUCUGUUGACUCCAGGAACCAGCCCCACCCAGAUCUCAGCGCCCGUCUCCUUUGCUGAGACGGGAGGACGGAUCCCAGAUGUACGAGUUACACAGCACUUCUCCACAAAGGAUGCACACAAAGACAGGAUCAAAAGCCAAGCAGGAAAGAAUGGAAUCACCCCAGCAGUGGCUGCCACCACUAUCGCAGCUUAUGGAGUUUAUGCCAGAGAUGCAGUAACUAUUUCUCAGACUAGUUCGAGCCACACUAUGACUUCCACUCAGUCUGGGAUAUACGGCCGACACACGGGAAGUCCUGCCACGUCCUCAGCUACAGUCUCAAGCGUAUGCAGCAAGAUUGCAGAGAUUACCCAAGCCUACAGUCAAAGAGAAGUCAUCACCAGAAGGGUCGGGGACACCAGGGGUGUCCAAGUGCGAGACAGCUCGACAUCUUCUACUGAGAGAAUUAUUGAGCCACGUUCUCCCAAGUAUACUACUUACUACCGGAGCACCAGUCCUCCUCUUUCUCCAUCACCACCACCACAGAGUCCCACCCGAUCGCCUUCCAGAAGGGCGACAGCUGAGUUCUCCACACAGACUUUCAGUUCAGCAUUGCGAAUGGAGUCAGGCGGCUCUGGACCCACGUCUCCAGUGACGGCUCAGGGAACCCAAACAGCACAUCGAUCAGUUUCCCCGCGACUGUAUCGACAGCAGUCUUCCCAGGAUGCCCCAUACUCCCCACCUCCGAGCCCCGCCAGGCCAAUGACAGUCAACACUGCUACUUCUCCUCUGUCCUCACCCACCAGAUUUAGCCGUCAAUCAACAUUUGACACGUACUCCCCAUGUGGCAGCCCUCCAGACACACCACCUUACCAACAGUCUCCUAUGCGCAGCUUCUACCAAACGCAAAGAGUGGAGAAGGUAAAUGUGGGAACAAGUAUGGUCACCACAGCCAGCACUUACACCAGAGGGUCCAUGUCGAUGGAUAACAUCUCCCUCUGUCGGAUAUCUACAGUCCCAGGUACUUCCAGGGUCGAGCAGGGCCAUAUGAUCCAUGGUGGAAGUGUUGUGGACCUUAGAACAGCCACCAAACCCGCUCCUAUUAUCAUGACCGACCAAGGAAUGGAUCUCACCUCAUUGGCCACUGAAAGCAGGAAAUACCAUGGUGGAUCAGAGGGCAGCAGACAUUCAACAAUUGUACAGCCACUGAUCAUGAACCUGAACACCCAGGAGAUCACCACACCAACCACUGUGAGUGUCACUGUGGCCGCUUCGAUGUUCAUGACCCAGCCCAAACAGCCAACGGUCUAUGGUGACCCACAUCAAAACCGAGUGGACCUGGGCCAGGGCAUGGGUUCGGCUGUGUGUCUGUCCCAGAGCAAGCCACAAAUUUCGCCUCCGAGUGACCCGUCAAUACCAAAAAUUGAUGCCAAACUGGAAGACCUCAGUAUCCAACAGAGAGAGCUACAAAAACAACAAGAGAAGCUGCAGAAGCAACAAGAGCUCCUUGAGCAUCAGCUGCAGCAGCAUCAUCAGAUGCAACAUCAUCAGCAACAAGCAUCUGCUCUGGCCAGGUACAACCUCACCGGACAGAUCUCACCUUUACUUAAAAAAGACUUGCUGGUCAGCCAGACUAGCACUGCCUCAGCUGUGGUCAGUGCUGUAUCACCAGUUAUUAACCCUGAGCUGUACGGCACUGGUCCCAUUGAGCUGAAAGGGAAGCCCAGUCCUCCUGGUAUGAUGCCAGGAGGUAAGUCACCACAUAGCAUGGUGGUACAGAUGGAUGGAGUACCAGAGCAGGCCAGGGCGGUGACUCAGCUGGUAAAGGUAGAAGAAGGGCAGGAUGCUGUGGAUCAGGCAGGUGGACAAAUUAAACCUGAAAACCAACCGGCUUGCUGCGAUGUCGUUUACCGACUUCCAUUUGGCGGAAGCUGUGUUGGUGGUUCUGAGAAAGAGGGCAUAAGGCCUCCAUCUGCCCCACCUCUCAGCUACGAGUCUGACCAAGAGAGACAAACUGGAAGGUACCAUGAGUAUCCGAUGGAUGGACGUAAGGCCUACACGUUGCCUUUCCCUGGCAGGCUGCAGCCUUCGAUGUCUGAUACAAACCUAGCUGAAGCUGGGCUACAGUCCUACCAGUCUAAACUAGAACCACACCUCCAAACCUCAGGAGAACUUGCCAUGGACCUAACUGCCAUGAAACAGGGUUAUGGAGGGUAUAUUGGGAUGCAGUAUGGCUCCUAUACAGAUUUACGGCAUGGCGGAGACAUCACAGCCCAAACACUGCCUAUAAGGAGAUAUAAUUCCUUGUCUAACAUCAGCUCAGACUAUGGAUAUUCUGCUCGCGAUCUUGCUGGCUUCCAAGAAGCCAACUUGGCUCAGUACAGUGCUACAACUGCCAGGGAGAUCAGCCGAAUGUGUGCAGCACUCAAUUCCAUUGAUCGGUAUGGAAGCAACCCAGACUUGAUGCAGUUUGCCACUUUGGGGAGAGGAACUGGGCCUGGGGCCUCCAGACUUGUAGCAGGUCUUGGCAUGAGACAAAACCUCCUCUUUGGACUAGAUGGGAAGCCGAUCUCUCACAGUCAAGCGCUAACCAACCUCAUUAACGCCAGGCAGGCCAGUCUCAGAGCCAUGUACCCUGCUGCUAUCAGGUCCUCUGAUGGGAUGAUCUACUCCACCAUUCAGACCCCCAUCGCUUCAACUCUUCCCAUCACAACCCAGCCUGCGUCUGUUCUUCGCCCGUUACUGAGGGGCGUCUACAGGCCGUACCCCUCUGUCAACAUGACACCUGUGCCCCUAUCCAGUCUGAGCCGACUACCAGUGAGCCCCAGAAUGGCCUUAGCUGGACAAGCUCCAGUCCGUCACCCAGCACCAGGUCUUCUCCAAACAACAUCAGCCACUGCCACGACUGCUGCUGUUGCAACAACUUCAGCACCACUAGGUGCUCCAGUGUCUGUUUCUAUGCCAACUAAAUGUACAGUCCAGGAUGAACCGGUCUACCUGGGAAAAGGUGCCACAUUGACAUCCUCAUCAGGAGAAGUCCCAGGAACAGUUCUCAUACCAACUGAGCCACAGCAGCAGCCAAUAAACCUGUCGCAGGCACACCUGAACAGUCAACAACAACAACAACAACAACAACAACAAGUGACAACUGCUCAGCAGCCACAACAGCCUCCUCCAGCAGCCCAUGCCUAUCAACCCUCAGGCCCUUCACACACCCAUGGCUACGCUCAGCCUCCCGUAGGCCCCUCUGCCCCCUCCAGUGGCUUACCACUUCCAGGGGGUCUCCCUCCCUUUCCUCCACCGGGAGCCAUGCACAAGGAGGGCGAAACCGAGGCAGAGAGGCUGCAUCGGCAGCAGGAGCAGCUCCUGCAGAUGGAGAGGGAGCGCGUGGAGCUGGAGAAACUCCGGCAGCUGCGGCUGCAGGAGGAGCUGGAGCGGGAGAGGAUAGAGCUGAAGAUGCACAGGGAGAAGGAGCAGAUGCUGGUGCAGAGGGAGUUACAGGAGCUGCAGAACAUCAAGGAACAGGUUCUGCAGCAGCAGCAACACGAACGCGAGAAGCAGCUAGUUCUCCAGAGGGAGCAGCUUGCCCAGCAGAAGUCCCAGCUAGACCAGAUCCAGUCUUUACAGCAUCAGCUCCAGCAGCAGCUUGAAGAGCAGAAGAGACAGAAAACAGCUGCUGCAGUUCAGGGCAUCCAGCUGGAUGCGAAUGGACAGCCCCUGCACCCCUACGCCGACUCUCAGAUUGGCUCCCGUUCCCUCCCCAACUCCUCGUCAGAGAUGUGCCUGAGGAGCCAGGAGGAGCACAUGGAGACCAGGAGUAACAUGAGGAAACACAGCUCCAUGACCAGGCUGAGCAGGGACAGCUUGGAUGGCGAUGGCGUGGUGUUCUACGGCUCCCCCCGCAGGAUCGUGGACAGCUGUGUGCAGACCGACGACGAAGACGGCGAGGAGAGGUACAUGAUGCGUCACCGCACCAGGAGGCGUGGUCGCAGCGUCGACUGCUCUGUCCAGACAGACGACGAUGAAGACAAGGCUGAGACGGAGCACCCGGUCCGCCGAAGACGUUCCCGUUUCUCCCGGCACUCGGAGUCCAACGCCGCUGGCAGCAGCACUGCCACCACAGCCAACGCAGCUUCGGACACAAAAACCGACACGCCCAAGAUGGUCUCUUCCAGCAUCGCCGUCCAGACCAUCAGGGAAAUGUCUUGCCAGACAGAGGUGGAGCACCUAGGAAGAGUCUCCCCAGCAAUCCACGUGACAGUACCUGACCCAAAUAAAGUAGAGAUUGUGCACUACAUCUCCGGACCUGAGCGGACCCAAAAAGGACAGUCUCUAGCAUGCCAGACCGACCCAGAAGCCCAGUCACAGGGUGUUGUAGCUCCACAGCUCAGUGUGCCAACCACUAUCAGUCCAUAUUCCUCUACCAGUACCGGAACACAACAGCCCAGUUCUGCCGACCUUCUGAACCAACAGCGCCAGCAGCAGCACAUUGCCGCCAACGCAGCCAAGUUUGAGCGACGUCGCCCCGACCCACUCGACAUCAACUACCAGCCUCACAACCACCUGCACAACGAGUCCAUCUCCAGCAUCAUCCGGCAGCAGCAGACCGCCCCCAAAUCCCCACAAGUCCUCUACUCUCCCGUCUCCCCGGUGUCCCCUCACCGCCUGCUGGAGACCUCUCUGUCCAGCGAGCGACUGAACAAGGCCCACGUCACACCUCAGCAGAAGUCCUACACGGCUGAGUCCCCCCAGAGACACCCGUCCGUGCCCCGACCCAUCAAGAGCACCCAGAGGUCGAUGUCAGACCCUAAGCCCCUCAGCCCCACCACAGACGAGCACACCAAGGCCCGGCUGUCCCUGUAUCAACAACAAGCGCUCCAGAGCCAGCUGGCAGCCCUACAGCAGAGCUCACUGCUCCGUAAGGUCAAGCGAACCCUGCCCAGCCCUCCUCCGGAGGAGACUACUGCAUCAGCUCAUCUGCCCAUGAUGACGCCCGCCCUUCAACAGGUCUACCUGCCCUCCGUGCCCAGCCUCAAGCCCAGCUCCCGGUCUGGCUUGGCCGCUAAAGCCAGCCUCCUCAAAGACCUCACCCACGAGCUGAAGGCCGUGGAGCAAGAGUCGACCAAGCUGAGAAAGCAGCAAGCUGAACUGGAGGAGGAAGAGAAAGAGAUUGAUGCUAAACUGAGAUACCUAGAGCUGGGGAUCCACCAAAGGAAAGAGACACUGGUCAAGGAGCGGGAAAGGAGGGAUAUCGCCUACCUGAGGUGUAUGGGGGACACAAGGGACUAUAUGUCUGAUAGUGAGUUGAAUAAUCUACGUUUAGCAGCUGCAGCUGCAUCACAUGAGACCAACGGGCUACUGACAACGAGGCCGAGCACCGCCCCUCUCAGCCAGUUCACCAGUGACCUCAACACAGCAGCCCAGUACCCACCCACCUCGUCUUUCAUCUCCUGUCAGUACCCCCAGAGCCAACCGGCGGCACCCACUCAACAGUCAAGUGUGCCGUACCAGACUUCAACAUUCAACCAGCCUCCCUAUCCAACAGUGUCUCAGUCCCAGGCACUGCCACAGCCCACGCCCCUCCAGAGCCACAUCCCCCCUCCAGGACCUUCUUAUCAGUCUCAAACCUCCUAUCCUUCCCACACUUACCCCCAAACCCAGCCCCCAUACCCCCAGACAGACAUGGGGUUACCAGCUGCACCUCAGCCUCAGCCCCAGCCGGGGCACACAGGUUUCGGGCCAGCACCACCCGGUCAGCCCCCAUACCCCACCCACAGCUCACCUUAUCCCAGCGCUGUGUCCUCCUACCCCAGCCAGACCACCCCAUACCCUGGGCAGCCCCAAGCCGAUAUCCUGACAGUCCAUCCCGGGAGACCCAGGCAGACUUCGCUCGCCGAUCUGGAGCACAAGAUGCCCACCAAUUACGAGACGAUCAGCAACCCCACGGUCGUGGUCACCACCACGGCCCAGGAUGCGAUCUAUUCCAGUGGAGCCCCCUCUUAUGGUCAGUACACUGGAACAACAACCAUGGCCAGCUCCUAUGGGCCCUAUGGCUCAGCUCCAGUGUCCAGCAGCUACGGUGGGUACUCUACCAUACCACCCAGCACUUACGGGCAGUAUACUUCAACAUCAGCUAGUUCAUAUGGUCAGUAUACUACAACCACUGCUAAUACUUAUGGCUACACCACCACCACAGCCAGCUCUUACGGACAGUACACUUCUACAGUUUCCAAUGCCUAUGGUCACUCUGUAGACAGUCCCUCCACCUACAGCACAGCUGAUGGGAUGUACGGGGCUCCUGGCUUAGAGCAAAACAUCCCAAGGAACUACAUGAUGAUCGACGACGUUAGUGAGCUGACGGCAAAAGACGGGCUGGGCACGACGACAGUGGACAUGAUGCAUCAUGGCGGCAGUGGGCGUUACCCGGGCGACAUCCACGGCCACAGCAGCACCAUUGGCAGCACGACGCGUGGGGGAAGUGGCAACUCCUCGUACGGCAGGGCACCCGAGGAGGAAGCAGCGAUGCAGGAAGAGCUGUACGACCACCACGGCAGGGGUAAGAGCAGCUACAGGCACGGACCUCUAGGGGGCAGCAGCAGCAGCGUGAGCGCUAGCAUGGGUGGGGGAUCCUCCUGUUACUAUGACUACGACUACAAACAUGGCAGCAUCCGCUCCGGGGUACAGAAACCUUCGCCGUCCUCCAGAAGCCUUCUGGCUCCUGCUGUCAUGUCCUCCAAGCGCAGCAAGCACAGGAAACUGGGGAGCAUGGAGCAAAAAAUCUCCAAGUUUUCCCCCAUCGAGGAGGCGCGGGACGUGGAGGCAGACCUGGCCUCUUAUUCUUCAGCGACAGGCGGGGCUUACCCCUCCUCCCACAUCCGAGGGCGCCAGCUGAUCGAGGAUUACGGCUUCAAGAGGAAUACCUACAACGGCGGCAGCAGCUCCGCUCAUGGUAGUCGAUACUAUGGUUCUACUUCGAUGGUGGAGGAGGACGAUCGGAUUUACUACACCUCCACCGGCCGUUCCCGUUCCACCGGCUACGGCAUGGACAAGAUCUCAUCCAGGGACUACCCUGGGUACCGCAGCCGAUCCUAUGAGAGGGACGACCGCUCCUACCGGUCUGGCUACAGCCAGGGGCGCCACCCGACCCGGCAGUACUCUGAAGAGGAGAGUCCGCUCAGUCCCCUGGGAAGGUUCAUGGGUUCUGGCCGAUCAUCGAGCUUAGGUCCCGACCCGUAUGACAGUCGCAGCAGUAGAUAUCAUUACUAUUACGGCCAAUAUGGUUCCAGCCACUCGCUGCCAGACGUACAAGACCACAUACGUGACCUUCCUCGGACACACGUCUACAAAUCGGAUGAUACGUACAUUAUAGACGAUUAUCAUUGCGCUGUGUCAGACAGCGAAGCCUACCAUCUGGGCCAGGAAGAAACCGACUGGUUUGAGAAGCCACGCUCCAGUUCACGACACUACGGCAGCCACUCGUCUGGGAGAAGCCGGCACGGUGUCAAACACACCUACCAUGAUUACGAUGAGCCUCCUGAGGAGGACCUGUGGCCCCAGGAUGAGUAUGGCCACGGAGGGCGACACUCUUUGUCCCGUGACCACCGACACCACGCCAGUUCUAGUCGCCACUCGUCCUCCUCACGUCACUCAGAUGAGCCCAGGUCCACGAGGUCAUCCAAGGGGCACCCCAAAGACCCGACAAUGAGACACGACCCUUCAGGACGAUCUUCGUCUUCAGGAAGGCGCGGAGAGUCAAGGUCUGGGGGGUACCACUCUUCGGACUACUCACGGGAUCCAUCUGGGCACCACCACGGCCAACGCUCCUCCAGACAGGGGGACCCACACCGGUCAUCCCGCAGCAAGUCCCAGCAGCCAGUGGACAUGCAGGGCCAACCACCAGGCUCCUCCAGGUCUGGCAGCAGCUCUGCCCGGGCUCAGGGUCCAGCUGGUGGGCCUACAGGCUCGGGGCGACAGGGCGGUCCAGGUUCCCAGACAGAUGGGGGUCCAGGACAGAGGGCGCAGCUCCAACAACAAGCCCAGACGUCAGCGGCCAGGCCAGGGCAGCCCGGUGCCGCGGCGACCACCGGCCCUCAGCAGCAGACCCCAACCCAGGGUCAAGGCAUGGGCAUGGGCAUGGGGCAGGGCCAGGCCAAGCCGGGGCAGCUGGGACCAGCAGGGGGACCCAUGGGGCAGGCCAGGCAGACAGGUCCAGCAGGAACCACACCAGUCACCAUGGCCAAGAUCGACACGCCUCCGGCAACAGCUAUUGGAGCAAAGGCGGCGCCCGUCAUGGCCUCAAAAGCCGCCCAGCCCCCACUCACAGGCAUAGGCUCCAAGGCUGCUCCUAGGCCAGGAGGUAUUGGCAGUGCAGCAGCAGGUCAGCCUGGCAUGGAGGGAGACAGCAUCAUGUCCAAGAUCCUGCCUGGAGCAGCUGCUGAGCAGGCCGGCAAACUGGGAGAAGCCAUCACCGGUUUCGGCAAGAAGUUCACCUCCUUCUUCUGAGGUGCUUAGAUUAAGGACUAUGUAAAUGUCACCUGAUGAAGUCAUGAGGCCUCGUACCAGAAAAACCUGUGAAGUUCCCCCAGCUUUUGUUUUACUAAGAGAGAGAGAGAGGAAGGAGAGAGGGGAGGGGGGGACUGAGAGGAGAGCUGAGCAUACUGCCGACAAGGACUGGGAUCCUCCAGAUACUUCAUGUCUCAGGCCUGAGCACACACUGACAGAGAGAACACGCUGCUCUCUCUGACAGGCCAGACAAUCAUUCGCAGCCAACAUCUGUCUUCAGAAGGACGAUCCUUGCUCAUCCAUCUUCUGCAGCCAAAGACUCCAAACCGAACUGCUGCGGAGCCUCUGGAACCAGCCUGUAGCAGUUCGACACAUCUCCGCCGCUUAGUUAUGAAAGAGCAACCGGCGGCCAAAGACUGGCUGCAGAAGUCACAGAUGCUGGUUUUUAUUUCCGCUGCUCUUUCUCCACGCAAGCAGAGGGAUCUGUACCUACGUCACCGGAGACCUGCACAGAUGCUGAGGACAAGUAGAACCAGUGGAGUCCAUGUACCAACUAAGAUCUCCAUGUGGAUUACACACCGCAGCUUCAGUGACGGGAAGCAGAGGGGUGAUGCUAUUCUACGCCCAUACGCUGACGCCUCCACCGUUUAUUUGAGAGCUGCUUUUUCCCGCUAGAGGCAAAAAGAAAAGAAGCUUUACCACAGGCAUGGUGACAUGCUAGGAUCCUUGGUUUCACAGUCCUGUGCUCAAACUAGGAAUAACAGCAACAAACCAGCCUCUCUCCUCCUUUCUAUCUCUUCUCGAAAUAAAUAAAAUAAAAUUUAAAAAAAAUAAAAAGAGUGGGGAAAAUGGAAUAAAACUCGCUCAAGUCCUGCAGGUUUUUCUGGUACUAAAGACCUCUUGUUACAUCACCUGUCGAGAAGGAAACCGAGUAAUGGAAAUGUCACAACGAACGAAUAGGACCACGACAACGAUGUAGCCGCCACGGGGAACGAGCGCGUCGGCGUCCGUCUCUCUCUCCACGGUUUGCUCUGUUUCUAUCUACAUUCCAGAUUGGAACUGUUAAAACCUUUUGCUCCCCCACUUCCUCACCUCUCUGCGUUUCUUGAAUGCUUCUUUCUUUCUAAACCCCCCUCCUCCCAACAAUCCUCAACUUGCCAUGUCUUUAAAGAAGUGUAUAGUGGAUUUAAAAAAAAAAAAAAAAAAAAGUAGGAAUUUGGAAUGCAUGGAACUUUAUAUCCAAGACCUUACACUGUUCAUCAUUACUUAACAGAGGCCAUAAAGACACUGGGAAACAAAUCUAAGCUAGACGACGUGAAUAAUAACAAAGGAGAGAGAUUACUGAAACAACACAGGAAUAUGGCCAUGGGAAUAAGAGGAGCCUUUUGUUUUUCUUUGUUUGGGUUUUUUUUGUUUUUUGCUUUCUUUUGUUGUUUUUUCGGAUUGGUGUUGGGAGUGAAGCCGUAUGUGGUCGGCUUGUUUUUCAGCCAUUACAAAGCCAUUAAAACAACAUUUACCUGCAGUGCUCGUGGCGGUGGGGUUUCUCCCAACUGCAUUUGGCCCUCAGAUAUUUCUCAUGUUGUAGGUGAUUUUCAUUUGUUGUCUUCUCUUUAUUCUUUUGAAUUCAAUUUUGUUAUUCGCCUGUUGUUUAUGUUGCGGGUUGCCAAUAUCGCCUUAAUCAUUCUUAAAUGUUUUAUUUUGAAGUAAAAGUGGCAUAUUUUUUAUGACAUCCUGUACACACAUAUUUUCAUCACACCCUUUUUUUAUGUAGUGAUAUCGGCUGGAACACUGGCCACAGUGAGAUUAAUUUGUAUUUUUUAAAUUUGUUUUUUUAUAAUUGUUUGUGAUAUUAUUUUUCAUUUAUUUCUCUUUGGUUUAGUUUAGUUACUUCCAUCCAGCCCCCUGUUGAUUUUCUGACUCUUAUUUAUUAUCAAUGAUUAUAAAAGCAAUAGAGUAAGAGGUGAGAAAGUAAAGAGCACAAUCUUGUGUCAUUUUAAAAGUUGGUGGAAUAGAAACGUGUUGCCUCCGUCUGUCUAACUUACCACUGGUGUACCGUUCAAGUCUGACUUCAACAUACCACACAACGUAAAAUACUGCUGUACUAGUACAUCAGAGAGCAGGAGCUCACCUGUAAACCACGAGUUGGGUACCGCCCAGAUCUUCUCCACCAACCAACAGUGAGACUUUGGUGUCGUCAAUCAGCCGGUGGGUGGACCAGAGUGAUCGGACGCUUGUUAUCAGUCAGCUGGAGCCUAAUGUGAAAGCACUGCAGGGCAGCAGAGAGGCACUGAAAAGCAGACCAGUCACACAUCGCGGCAGAACUGGACUCGACGUCGUCACCUGAAGGGGGUUUGGGUUUCGAUGUGAUUCUUCUGACCCUCCAAGAUGGACAUUUAAUGUGGAGCCUGCAAAAAAAAGCCCCGCCGAGCUCCUUUACACAUCAGUGUGUAUCAGCAUGUGUGUUCACUCUGUCAAAUGUGCACAGCGCACGUGAAAGCACACUCGAUAAUGGUGUCAAAAAAAAACAACAACAACAAAAAAACAAACAGAUCAUGUGACUGAGGAACCAAAAAUAACACACUUGGUUGUGUCACAAAGUCACUCGCCUUUUUUUAACUUUUCAUUUUCUAUCGUGGUGGCGUCCAGACCUGUAACCCAACCCCUGAAAACCUCUCUCUCAGACUGUCAGUUGUCAUGGAAACUUCUCAGGUCAGUGUUCUCCCUGCUGAUGCUCCUGCAGUGCAUUGUGGGAUUUGCGGUUCAGUACUCAAAACGUACUCUGUCGGGCCAAACAUUGCGAGGCCUUCAAGCAAAACCAACGAACCAACCAACUUCUGCUGUAUAUUGUCUGUGUGAACGCUCGCUGGGAACCUUCGCAUGCCGCCCGGCGCAGAAAACCUCAAAGUCACCUCUAUAUUGUUCAGUUCCUAAUGUUUGUAUGUAUGUGUGUGGGGGUUCUGUAUGCGUGUAUUUAACGACCAUCAUUCAAUGUGGAAAAAGAAAAAGGAAAAAAAAGACAAAACACGAGUUCGAACACAACAAAUAUGGUGGGCAGAAGAGGCGACCUCUCAUCUCCAGUCGUUCUAUGCAAUCAAUCAUAUUUGGAAAAACAGAAGCACGAGGAGGAAAAAGGGAAGUGAAACACAAACAGGGAAAAAGUCACACAAAUCACUGUUUAUUAUCACAGCUGAGUUACUCAGAUGUCGGGAGUGCUUCGUUUUGUUUCCUCGUAGAUCAACAUAAGGAGAUUCUGUGAAUUUGUUUGUGUGUAAUAUAGGUCACCUGUAAGUUAGGAAAUAAUAGGAGAGGUUAACUUGGCAUGUUCAGCGUCCCCUCUCCUUUUAAAGUGGGUGUGCCUGCAGCCAAAUGAUCUCUGACUAGAGGUGUGUUCAUGACAGCUGGGAAAUCAGAGCUUUGGAGCCUCAGAGCUGAAUUGACGAAUGAGGAGACGAUGCUGCGUCACUUUGUUUUCAACUGGAAUGAAGCAGAAAUUCUUCACGAUGCAAACAUUAGAAAAAAAAUUUAUAAAUUAAGAUAAAAUAGUUUCACUCACCUUGAAAAUGAUCCGUUUGAAUAGAAACUUUCACAAAAGAUGUGACACAAAGUGCAACAGCACUGUCUGCUGUUCUUAACACCUGUGUUUGAGAGGUCUCGACAAGAUCCCAGUCGUCAUGAACACAUCCAAACAGCUGUCAGCCAUCUUGUUUUGUUUGCUUCAGCUGCACUCACGGAAAAGUUGUUCAAAGAAUUAUAUAGAGAAAAAUAUAGAUAUAUGAAUAUAGAAUAUAUAUUAAAAACUCAUUUUAAUAUAUUAUAUAACCCUAACAUGGUUGGUGUCUGCUCAGGGGUGAAGAAGGAAAGCUCCCCAUUUUUUUCUUUUUUCUUGUUGUUUUUGUUUGUUUUUGAUGACCACAGCUCAAAACUGAUGCUAAUUAGCUCCAUGAAUGUGUACUUGUUGUUUUUUUGCAUAGAAAGAAGCGAAUACAAAUAUACACAUACACAUAUAUAAAACAAUACACAACUUAUAGAUUAUACUGCUGCUAGUGAAGCUCUAUUCAAGGCAUUCCUAAAGUGAAUUAACUGGAGUGAGUUUGAGUUUAAAGGUGCACUGCCACGACACGCUAACAGAUAUUAAGAGAUUCAUAAGCUAAUUACACUGUGGAAAGUCAAAUUUCUGUACCUCAUAAAAACAAAAACACUUUUCUUCAAACUCACCAUCUGUCCUUUUUGCCUUUGGUAGCAGCAGCACGUUACGACAAAGGAAUUAUAAAGAAGCUAUUUAUGAAAUUCAGAUUUAAAAAGUGGUUUAUGCAGAAUGGAAAAUCCUGUACAACUCCUACACUUUAUCAGAGCGCAGCCUAUCAUGUCACUGGAAAUGUGUAAGAGGUUCGUAUAUAUUUUUUUGUGAAACAUGUAUCAGAUGAUUUUAUCUAUGUAAGAAUUUAUUUUUAUCAUACUGAGAGGGGAUAAGAAAAAGAUGGCUGGGUUUUAAGAAGAAAGAUUUAAGUUUGAAAUCUAUAGUAUGAAGUGAGAAAUUAUGUUUAUACAGAUGUUAUCUAUUACUGGGUUUAUUCACAGCCCCAAUUAUCAGAUUGUUAAAAAUCAGAAUUUGAAAAACUUUUUUCAUUGAAGUUAUGUUUUUAAGUCAGAGAAAAUAUGUCAUCAUGUUUAUUUUAGCUCAAAAACUCAAAUCGACAGAUGUUCUAACUGUGUGACGGAGGAAAGGCUAAUGUACUAUCGAGUGAUUGGUUGCUUCUAAAAUCCCCAAACUUUUAAAAAUCUACUUCCAUCAUUUUCCCGCAAUCUUAUUUAUGUAGACGACUUCAGGUCAUUAGAGUGUUUGACCUUUUCAUUUAGAGUAAGAGUCUGAUUGUUUGGAUCUGGUCGUUCCUCUUCAGUCUGUUCAGCUGCACGUCAACAAACAUCACCUCCCAGGUUCACUGCCACCAGAUCACCGACUUCAAAAUUAAGACGUCGUCAAAGUGGAACAAAAGAUAUGAGAGAGUUUAAAGUUACCCAAAUAAAGACCAACUUCCUCUACUGUAAGUCGUAUGUUCCGGGGAGUUUGUAACAAAUAUAAUGUUUAAUAAAAAAAAUGUUCCUCAAUCACUUUUGCCUCAGGAAAGCACACACUAACUGCAGCAUCCCAACGGAGAUGUUCAAAAGACAAUAGAAAAUAAUGGCUGGAUUCACGCAGGCGCAAUGAAUCAGGUUUUCAACACUUUCCAUCACAGGUGAGACCUUCCCAUGGCUGCUGUUAAUGACACAGCCAGGAACAUAAAUAACAAGAUCUGUGUCACAACGUGUUAAAAAUGUCACAUUUGUCGCUCCAGUGUGAAUCCAACCGCCGAAGGUGACUUAAAUAUGCAUAGCAGCAAGGGCUUUUAUUCUACAAUACUGGUCACUGAAGAAAGCCAUCUUGUUAACUGCCCUCUAGCCAGUUGUGGUCUCUGUCUAUACUCUGCAUGGUGUCUGUCUAUAUCCAGGAACGCAAUGGACUUCAGGUCAGACCACAGCAAUCACCAGUGGGCACAAUCACCAAGCCGCAGUCUGGAUUCUCUGAGGUGUUUGACGUUCGCAAUGUGGACGAGAAUAAAAGAUCAAACUUCCAAAUCAAGAUAUUAACAAAAAGUUUUCUUUAAGCCCCCACCCCCCCACACAACAAAAAACUGAGUGAAAAAGAUCAGGACCUGAAAUUCACACACGUUCUUUAAAAGGACUUUUGUUUAUUAGUUUGCAAUAAAACACAAAGGGUCAGAUUUACAGACAUGAAGCCGACGGACGAGCUUCCACCAGAUCGCUGUCUUUGAAUCUGACAUCAAGACUCUCAGCAAUAAGGAUGCAUUCAUGCACAGUCAGACAAUCCGCUAUUUGACCCUUUGUGGCUCUGAUCUGGAAACAGAAUUAGGUAUUUGACUCACAGCUGUGAGGACUCUCGUCUGACUGUUCAGCCAUCAAAAGGACAAUUGACAAACUCUUUUGGCGCUAAUUUGUCGACUUUAUUUAAACGCAGCUUAGAAUGCUUUUGGGAAACCCAGACUGUGAGUGUGUGUGUGAGUGUGUGUGAGUGUGUGUUUGUUCGUUCGUUCUCAACCAAAAGAUAGCAUCCAGUGCUUGUACAGUACAUAGUGUAAUAACUGUCACCACUGCUCUUGCUGUCUGUCGUACAGACAGUCGACGUGUAGCAGGACCGGAGAGAGAUUUUCAAACUGAAGAAGAUAUAUAUACAGAUAUACAUAUAUAAAUAUAUAAAAAGUGAGUGUUUCAUAGGUGAGAGGUUGUAAAAAGAGCAAGAAACUAAAACCAUGAGAGAAAAGCUACCAAGGCCAUCUUUCACUGUAAAACCAUCAGGGAGCGUUUAUUCAUCUUACGCCUGUAAUGAAUCAUAAAAGUAGAAUUACAAGUGCAUGACCUGGACACCUCCCCCCCAGCCAUCCCUGAACCGUCUGAACCUCUUCGACCUCCCUCCUCACAGGCUGCCAUCUUUUUUCCAGUGUAAAUACCAGACAAGAACCGACCAGAGUCUGCUUUGAACAAACAAACAAACAACAACAACAACAACUACAUGUAAAUGCCAUGAGGGUCACAUGUUCUGUGCGACAUGUGAACCUCGAACAUGCUAACAUACCACAACCAACACUCACAGACAAACACACACACAUGCACACGGGCAUGAGAGAGGCCUUUGCACACUACACGCCGACACGAGCUGGAGCGUAUGCAAGCCUGACCCUCCCUGCCCAUACCUGUGCUCUUUGUGUAUUAAAAACAAUAAAAACCUACAUAACAAACAAAAGCAGUUGUUGAUUUGAAUAAUAAAUUACAAAAAUUGCAUUGUGUACGUAUGUGGCUGGCUCGUGCAGACUGUUUAAAACUCAUUAAAAAAAAAGUAUUCGGAUAUAAAAAAAACAAAAUAAAAAAAACAAAAACAUAUCGGUCUGUGUAGAGUUUCUAUACAUGUUGUGUUUGUAAAAUGAGAUGACAUCAAAAACAAAAAAGGGAAAAAUAUUCUGGCUUCCAUGUAAUUUUUGGGGUGGACAGAUCAUUUUACGGGGAGAUGAAGAGAGAGAGAGAGGGGGGGGGAGAAUAAAUUGGGCAAUAGUGAUGUGUAAAAAAAUAAA